AUGCCUCACCUUCCUCACGAGCUUCUCGUCUCGCCGUCGUCGCGCCUCUUGUCCUCCGCGGUUCUGCGGCUCGACCAGCAAGACGCGAGCGGCGCGGGAAAGGCGCCUGCCAUGCAGUUUCUUUCUCUCCUCAAGGCGAAGCCUCCGGAGUACCGAGCGCUCCUCAAAGAGGCGUCCCCCUGGAGUCUCUGUGUGUCCCUGGGCUUCCAGGCGAAUGCGAAAGUAGUCGAUGCGCCGCUGGUGCGUCUUGCCUCGCGCCGCCUCUCGGCUCUCUCGGACCAGUUUUACCCUCCAGAAAUCAUGGAACUUCUCGAGGUUUUCGCCGCCUUCCCCUUCUCCGACGAGCCGCUCCUCGCCGCCGUGGCUAGCCGGCUGGACGACCUCUUAACGGAUCCGUCGCCGAAACGCCUCGCCUCGCUACUCUCGAUCUACGCGCGUCUCGGCUUCUGCCAUCCCGUGGUUCAGGACCCGUUGAUGAAGUGCAUUGAGGAGAAGAUGCACACUUUCGAUGCCGGCCUGCUGCCAGGGCUCUGUAGAAGUGCGACGUCGCUCCUGUCUCCUCGCGUUCCCAUUCUGGACGGCCUCGCCACGCAAACGCAGCUGGUUCUCUCUGCGGGUCUCCUCUGUGAGAAGAAGAGCGCAGGCAGUCCCGGAGUCGACGCCGAACAGCGGAGACACAUCGGGGCCCUCUUCAGCUGCUUGGAGAGCCUCAGCCGGCAGCGGUACAGCCACGCGGCUCUGAUUGACGACUGCCUCGCAUGCAUCGACCUCCACAUCAAGGCUUUUUCUCUCCAAGACACACUGCGGGCGAUCGGCGCCGCUAGACGUCUUGGCCUCGCAGGAGUCGAGGAGCAGCUGCGGCGCCACAUGGAGAUGCAAGCGGAAGGCGCGAUGGACCGUGGAGACCAACUUCUCGCCAUGCUGCGUCUCCUCGACGCUCUCAGACUGCGAGAUUCUCAGCUGCUGCAAAAGGCUUCAGACGCUGUUGAACUCCACAGCCAAAAGAAAGCCUUCAUGGCCACGCAGUUGCCUGAGGCUCUUCUUCAUCUGUCGCGCCUGUCGCCAGCGGAUCUCCAGCUACCGGUGGCUAUCCUGUCGCAGCCGGCCUUGCUGGGGAUGGCGCCGAGGCUCUCAGCCUCUCAACUUCAACAGCUUCUCAGCGCCUCGGCGUUGCUUCUCUUCCAGCACAUCCAACGCCGAAAAAACAAAACAGGCGCUCAACUGGGCCAGGCUCUCAGCGCUCGCGACGUGCGGGCCCUCGCGAAGGCUGUUGAGAGAUUUCUGGCGCUUCUCCAGUUCCAAUACCGCAGUCUGAACCUGCGCGAGAGGCGCGCGGUGAAGGAGGCGGCGGCGCUCUUUCUUCUGGAGCUCGACGGGGCUGAGGGCGAGGCUGCCUCAUCCGGAUUUGCCUUCUCCCAGACGGAGACAGUCCGGUUCUGCCGCAGCGUCGAGGAUGACGAUGUGGCGCCAACCAUGCCUCUGGUUCCUUCAGCUACCGUCGACUUCCGAAGCGUCGACUUGGUGGAGGUGAGAUCCGUGGCGUGCGCGCGCUUGGUUCUCUGCGACGACGGGGCUCUUCACGCGGCACAGGCGCCUUCUGCGUCAAAAUCCGAAGAGGGAAAAAAGAGCCGACGCGGGAAGUCUGCGGAGGACCAGGAACGCUCGCACCCUCGGGAGGCUCAGACCGGGAAGAGAGCGCUCUUGUUUGUUGCGCCGAGGGACACAUUUGCAGACGGACUGGGGCACAUUCCGGCGCGCCAGGCAGAGCUCGAGAGCAAGCACGGGGAGGCGCACGAGCAGACAGUGACUUGCGAGUUAGGCGGGAUGUUAACAGAUCUGCCUGCCGCGAUCACUCCGCAGGCAGCUUCAUCGCUGCUCCUCACUCAGCUGGCCCUCCAGAGACAGGGCCUCGUGCGACAGGACAUUCGUAACUGCAUUCCACCGCCGCUGAAGGUCGACUGA